AACAGAUAAUGCUUUUAUUUUUUGUGAUUCUCAAACGAAACGAAGAUGACAAUGACAACCAAAACGCCUCUGUCGGCUAUAGCGCAGGCGUUUGAGGAGCUCUCGGAGUUCUUGGGGUGUCAAAUGAAGGAUGAAGAACUUCGGCUGGAUACAUUCAGUGACGCAUGUUCUUUAGUUUCUGUUCUUUUCAGCUGCCUAGGCCUCGCCUUCAAAUUCGCCGAGAUGGAAUACGUCGCCAAGGUACGUGAUCUUGUGGAAGCAUCAAAGAGAUUUGCCACUUUAGAAAAUGUACUUGAUCUAGAUGUUGCAAAUGGCACGGUGAAGAAACGAGGAAGCCAAUCGCGUAAUCUGCGUCGAGUUAGACAGGGUCUUGACCUCAUCCGGGCUUUAUUUGAAGAAUUUUUGUCAUCUGAGGAUUACUCUUUGAGGGAUGCAGCUUCAACAGCUUAUGCUCAAGUAUGUGCACCAUACCACACAUGGGCUGUAAGGACUGCUGUUUCUGCUGGAAUGCAUACUCUUCCAACAAGGGAACAACUUUUGUUGAAGCUUAAUGAAACAGAUCAUACAGCAGAGAAGAAAAUGAGAAGGUACAUCGAAGCUUCACGUCCAGUAAUAGCGUACAUUGAUAAGCUUUAUAUAUCUAGGAAGAUCACCUUGGACUGGUGACUUGUAUCAACUGGGGAGUAUCAGAGGAAAGGCACUGAUCUUUCAUUCAAGCAGCAACAAAAUCAUUUAUGUAUCUCAUCGUUCCAGCUGCUUGCCACUUGUCAAAGUUGAAUUAUUUGCACCUACAAGGAAACAUCUUAUAUUUCAUAGCAACAUUCCAUGAUACAAUCCUUAAUUUUUCAAUGUUCAUUCUGCCAUUUCUGUUGAAGUAGUCACAUUAUUUCAGUUUCAUUGUGAUUUCUUGCAAUCAACAGCAGAAGUUCUUAAACCAAUAAUGUUGUUUAUUCUUAUAAGAAAAGAAAGCUCAGAUUGUUUGUAGAUAAACAACUUCGUCCAAAUAAUAUUGGUUACAUUCAAGGAAAAAGCCUUCGUUCAUUUUUACAUAAACAAGAAAAUCUACACAGCAAUGUGCCUUAUUAGACUC